AUGGAUGAAGAAGGAAGAGGAAGGGGAAGAAGAAGGAAGAAGAAGAUAGAAAAGGGAAGAAGAGGAAAGAAGAAGAAGGGGAAGAAGAAGCAGAAGAGGAAGAAGGGGAAGAAGAAGAGGAAGAAGGGGAAGAAGGGGAAGAAGAGGAAGAAGAGGAAGAAGGGGAAGAAGAGGAUGAAGGGGAAGAAGAGGAAGAAGGGGAAGAAGAGGAAGAAGGGGAAGAAGAGGAAGAACGGGGAAGAAGGGGAAGAAAGGAAGGGGAAGAAGAAGGAAGAAGAAGAUAGAAAAGGGAAGAAGAGGAAAGAAGAAGAAGGGGAAGAAGGGGAUGAGGGGAAGAAGAGGAAGAAGGGGAAGAAGAGGAAGAAGGGGAAGAAGAGGAUGAAGGGGAAUAAGGGGAAGAAGGGGAAGAAGGGGAAGAAGAGGAAGAAGGGGAAGAAGGGGAAGAAGAGGAAGAAGGGGAAGAAGAGGAAGAAGGGGAAGAAGAGGAAGAAGGGGAAGAAGAGGAUGAAGGGGAAGAAGGGGAAGAAGAGGAAGAAGGGGAAGAAGGGGAAGAAGGGGAAGAAGGGGAAGAAGAGGAAGAAGGGGAAGAAGAGGAGGGGAAGAAGGGGAAGAAGGGGAAGAAGGGGAAGAAGAGGAAGAAGGGGAAGAAGAGGAAGAAGGGGAAGAAGAGGAUGA